UGAAAAAUAUUCGGAUUGACUGAAAUAGUUUUUUAAAAUUUUAAUAAAUUAAGAGAAAAUUGAUAAUACAAUUGAUAAAAAGAUAAUAAAUAUAAAAUCGAAUUGAUAAAAUGACACAAGUUUGAUUCGUCUAUUUAGUUCUGAAAAUACCAAGAACGUGGUUGUACUUCAUAUACUCAAGUUUAAAAACAAACAUAUCCACUUCUGUAAAAGAAGUGGAUGAUAGACACGAAAAACAAAAACCAUAGAAGAUAAUAUGGAUUUCACAGAUUCAUCAAAUUAUUUGAAUAUAGAAAAAAAUAAAAUGAAAAUUAUUGUGAAAUAUGCAGAUCAAAUGAAAAAUGCUGUGAAAGCAACUGAAAAUUUAGUAGCUGAAAUUUUAAGUGACACAGAAAGUAUAAAUCCACCGUAUUCAAUGCGAGGAUCCAAAACAGGUGUAGCACUUGUAAUUAAUAACAUAAAAUUUGAAAAUAAAAAUGUUAAUGUAAAACUUGAUGAACGCACUGGUGCUGAUGUUGACACAGAAAACUUAAAAGAAUUGUUUACUCAAAUGGGAUACGAAUGGGUUUAUUGGGAAAAUCAGACUUGGGAAGAUCUUAAAGUUAAUUUAAAAAAAUUUACGGAUAAUUCUAAUGAAUUAUUAAAAGAAGUUAAUUCAUGUUUUGUAAUAGUAAUGUCUCAUGGAGGUCAGGGUGAUGUUCCAGAAGACACACAUAUUUAUACCUCUGAUAAUAAAAAAAUUAAAGCAAGUGAUAUAAUUGGAAGAUUUAAUAGUUCGUGUUGUAAUCUUUUACAAGAUAAACCGAAGUUUAUAAUUUUUCAAGCUUGUCGCGGUGAUCUGCAAGAUUUAGCCCUUAAUAAACCACCUGAAAUUAUUAAAAACUAUCAACCGACUGCAAUGACUGAAACUAGUACUCCCCAAGAUCAUAUUAAAGAUAUUACAAUCGGCAAAACACCUGAAAAUAAUAAUAAAACAGUGGAAUCAGAUAAUACGGGAACAAUAAGCUCAAUAAUUGAAACAAAUAUAACAAUCCCUAGCAUGUCAGAUGUUUUUAUUUAUUAUACGACAAGCCCAGGCUUCUUAAGUUAUCGUGAUCCAUCAAAAGGUACAUGGUUUGUACAAUAUUUUUGCGAAGUGUUUAUGAAUCAUGUGUACAAUACAGAUGUUCGCGAUCUUUUUGGUAUGAUCACCAAGAAAGUAAUGGACCUACGAACAACAAACCAUGCUUUACAAGUUCCUCAUUCCGCUAUUCGUGGUAAAUUUCAACCGUGUUUUUUAUAUCCUGCAUUAAAAACUAUAGACGUUAAUCAAGAAACAAAUGAAGUAGAUGAAAGGUUACUGAACCUCGCAAAAGAAAUAGAACAAAAUACUGAAAUUACUAAAAUAGAAGAUGAACUAAAAAAAUUUAUUUAAGGUUGUAUGUAGCAGUAUCGGAAGGUUACAGUUAGCAACUUUUAAAUUUUGAUUAAAAAUUUAAUCAAAAGGCCAUCUCUGUCCAAUGUCGGAAAUGGAUGGUUUGUAAAUAAAUUGGUAGAGUUGAUCUAAAACAAAAAACUUUUCAAUAGACACAAUUAUGUUUGUAAUUAAAUUUAUCUCGAGUUAGAGACGGUCAAUCGACUUCAAAUUUUGAAGGAAUUUUAUUAUAAUAUCCUUUAAAAAAUUUAGAAUUUUCUGACACUAAGCCCAUAGCAAGGCAUAAUACUAUCUUCAGUUAUAAGAACCGCAUUAUUAUUACUCAAAAAGAAAGACUUAAUUUAAGAAUGUGAUUGGAUAAUUAUUUUAUCUUUAUUCAAAUUUUAUA